AUGAGACUUAACGGUAAGUUUUACAAGAGUGUAGUGAAACCGGCUAUAUUGUAUUGGUCGGGGUAUUUGGCGGAAGACAGACAAAUAGAACAGAGAAUGACUGUAGCAGAGAUGGGAAAGCUUAGGCGGAAAAAUGGAGUGAUAAAAGAAGAUAUGAUAAGGAAUGAGAACAUAGCUUAG